GUUUCUUGUUCUUUUAACAGUACGUCAAGAUUCCUGUUCCUUCAACGGAUUCCCCAGACUCAUUUCGUGUCUUCUCAUUCUACCUGUCCAGCGACAGUAAAGACAAACCUCAGGCCAGCUUUGAUUGUAUUCACCAGUUUCUCUCUGGAGAUGGCAGGGAACAUCUGGAAAGUCAGGGCAGUAUUCAGGACAAAAUCACGGUGUGCGCCACCGACGAUUCCUACCAGAUGACCCGCGAGCGCAUGUCUCAAGUGGAAAAGGACAUCUGGAGUCGCUCAGCCAUCGAGAUCAAACCCGGGUCUACGCAUCCAAGUAAAUGUGUGAAGAUUAAGAAGAAACAGGGCCUGCCAACAAGUUUUGACAACACUAAUAGACAUUCACCCAGCAACAAGAGAAACGGUGCACCUAGCUUGGUGGUCAACAGGCCCUUGAAAGAACGCGUCAUUCAUGUUUUGGCCCUAAAGCCUUACAGCAAACCAGAACUACUGCUCUGGCUGGAGAGAGAGAAAGCCAGUCCAAAGGACAAGGUUGACUUGAGUACCGUGCUCGAGGAGGUGGCUAAAAUCAAUCCCAAAGAUCACAGCUUUACUCUGAAGGAUGAUUUCUACAGACAUGUACGGAGAGACUGGCCAGGCUAUGUGGAGGAAGAGCGACAGCUCAUUCAAAGAGUUUUGGCUAGAAAACUCCAGCCUCUCAGCAGCAGCGGUAGCCAGUUGAAAACUUUCCAGUCCAACCAUUCAUUCCACAAAACCUCAGGGGAUUCUCCAUCCCAGCUCAGCCCUGUCAAGAAUCUCUCCAUGAAACGCCCAGUGCCUUCCGACCAUCCAGAAAUCCAGACGCCGAAAAAGCAACGAUUAUUAGACCCGAGCAUGCCCUUGCAGUCUCAUUCCGAUGGACACCUUAGCUCCUCGAUGGGCCGUAGUUCCUCCGCACACGGAAACGCUAGUUUGCAAAACAAAAUGGAGUUUGGGAGAAAUACCAACAACAAUGCCCAGCAGAACCUGGAUGGCCUUUACCAGCGGCACAAACUCGGCGAGUCCAACAAUGUUCCCAAACAAGAGCGGUCGGACCCAGCACAGCAGUCGCCCUCCAGCCCAAAACACCCAAAAAUCAGAACUGAAACCGAAAUCUGCACUGACCAGCAGCUUGCGAACGGUCAGCACAAAAAGAAAAAGUCUAAGAAGCAUAAAGAAAAGGAGAGAGAGCGCUUAAAACCUGAUUGGGCUGAGACCAGCCCAGAUCUCAAGCAGAACCAGGAAGUUAUUAAUGAUCAUGAGAGCGCCAACACACCUGUCACCCGUGCCUCACCCGAGGAGCUGCCUGACUAUUUAUUAAUAUACAACACUAUUAUGGACUCUGAGCAAAGACAGCGGUACUCUGAGGAUUUCUGUGCAGAAUAUGCAGAGUACAUUGAACUUCAUGAGCGCAUAGGCAAAGUUACUGAUAUUUUUGUUCAGCUGGGAUCUAAGAUAAAAACGCUUUCACCCGGGACAAAGGAGUAUAAGGUAAUGGAAGAACAAAUAAUGGGAGAAGUAUAGGAAGUAUAAGAAGGUAGGAAAUUUUUGAAUUUUUUUAAUCUUAUUGAUCUGUGUGUAAAUAUGUGUAUAUGUAAUCUUUUUUUUUAAUGUGAAUUAAUAAAAUUACACUAUCUUUUAAUAUAUUUCCUUAUUUGUGGAUGUGUUUCAUAAAACCUAAGCUGUAAUGUGUUUCCUGUCCAGCAGAUGUCACUUGAGUUUACUAUGUACUAUACAGUUCAGUGCGUUAGUUCAUAGAAACAUACGGUUGGAUUCCCGGACAGGGAUUAGACUAGUCCUAGACUAAAAGAACUGUCCAAACUGACAUGCAACAUGCACUGACAUAUCUUAAAAUACAUCAGUGCCAUUUAUUUUUUCUCAAAAUGCACACCAGUAAUGUUUUUAAUAAGGUGUGUAUGUUAAAACUAGUUAUAUUUUGUAAUAAACUAAGGCCUAGUCCUGGUUUAAGCUAAUC